ACGGUCAACUUUCCUUUCAUGUCCCGACUGCGUUGUAGGGCGAGACCAUCUCGAUGACUGCAAGCUCGACAAGCAGAAGACGUGGUCCGCCGCGGGGCACCCACGAAACACCUGUCACGGAGAAGGCCCAAUCGACUACUCGACAAACAGGCGCUAUGCAACCCCUGAAUACUGUCAACGAAACGGCCGACACUGACCACAUCGACUACGAGAAACAACACGGCGAGCGUGACAUGCAGGCAUUGUCGCAGGGGCCCGCAACGCUCGCAAGACGCUUAGCUGUCGAUGCUCUCCCACAAUGGCUUGCAAUUGGGGUCAUGCUCGGAUUGAUCUUUGGUGGCUGCUGUUCUAAUGUUUACGCUCUUGAAGCCAUUAUCAAAGUUGAGCCUUCGAGCGGCACGCUCUUGACAUUCGUGCAGUUCUUGUUCGUAGCUGUUACUGGGUACAUCUCACAACUUGAUCGCUCGCGACCACCAUUGUUCAUUCGGCCAAACAAAGUUCCUCUCCGCCGUUGGAUGGUGAAUAUUUUACUCUUCUUCAGCAUCAAUGUGUUGAACAACCAUGCGUUCAGCUACGACAUAUCAGUCCCUGUUCACAUUAUCCUCCGAUCUGGCGGAAGUAUCACUACUAUGGGGGCAGGAUCUUUGUACGGCAAGCGAUAUUCGCGCAUACAAAUUGUCGCCGUGCUCCUGUUGACCAUAGGGGUUAUUACCGCGGCCUGGUCAGAUUCACAAACAAAGGUAACAAUUCAUCCACGACCAACGAGUGAUGUGGCCUGUAUCACAGUUGUUAAUGAUUUUUUGCCUCCGAUAGAACACUACAGAACCAACUGA